AUGUCAAGUCUUUGGGGAAAAUUCUCGAAUUUUAUCACAAAUCUAGAGAAAACCAUUGAUAAUGACUUUGAAAGCAGAGAAGCAUCUGUUAUUACACCGACACCAUCGGCAUCUAAAGAAAUUUUAGAAGGAUAUUCUUCUUCUUCGGAAGAAGAAGAAACAAUUCAUGAAGAGCAAACAAAUCAAGAUGAGCAUGUCGACGAUGAUAAUAAAAAGCAAGAAUUAAUCGCUAAAAUCAAAGCUGUUGAAGAAGAAUUGGAAAAACAACAAAAUGAAGCUCAAAAACAUCAAACCGUCAUUGAUCAAAUUGGUGCUGCUGGGGCUUCAUUACUUGAAGAAUUCGAUACCAGACAGCAAAAACUCCAAGCUCUUUUUGAUAAACUUAUGUUAAAUGAAAAAUCAAUUCAAAGCGAAAUUGACGACGUCUCUCAGGCAGACGAGUUACUAUCUUCUGUUCAAGCACAGCAUAGUAAAGCCAAAAGACUGGUAGACGAAUACAAACUCGAAUUAGAUCAACGAAAAAUGGCUUAUGAUGAUUUACUCUACGAUCAGAAGAAAGUUGAUGAAUCAAUUGCCGAUUUUGAAAACAAUAUUGCCGAAUUACAAGAAGAAAAACAAGAAUUAGAGCAAAAAACAAAAUCAUUCGUCGAAAGAUCUACAGAAAAAGAAAAUAAGAUCGAAAAACUACAACAAACAGUAAAUGAACUUUCCGCUAAUGCUACAUCUGUUGCAAAUACAGCCGCUUCUUUCAAAGAAAAACAAAAAAAUUUAUUUUCCAAAAAAGAAAACUUAGAGAAUCAAAGAACAGACAUUCUAAACAAAAUUAAUGAAGCAGAGAUGAUGCAAGAAACCGAAAAACGUAAAAAAGUUGAAAAUAAAAUCCAAGCCAUGAAAAUUUUUACUCAAAAUCAACUAAAAAGGUUUGAUGAUGAAAUUUUGGAGCUAAACGUUCAAACGGAGACUCUCCAUAACGAAAUAAAAACCAAAGAUAUUCAAUUUGAAAAAGAUAAACAAAAUUUAGAGUCCCAAAUCACUCAGGCAGAGGUAGAACAUGAACAAUUGAAGAUUACAUUGGAUGAUAAAAAGGCUUCCAACCCUAGAACCCUGUUAUCUUUGCAAACAAAACUGGAAACAUUAAAAUCCGUUUACGAAUCAACGGAAAAGGUUCAAAGUGAGACCAUAAAUCGCCUCAAAAGUGAUUUAGUUGAAGUUCAGGUCAAAAAUGAGUCAAUUAACGACCAAAUUGAAGAUUUAGAAAAAGAAAUUGCAAAAUUGAAUGAAGAACGUAAAUCUUCGAAGAACUUAAUUGACGAACAGAAAUCCCAGAAGGAAGAAUAUGAAAAUAAUUUGUCAAAAUUAAAUGAUGAAAUUAUUUCGGUUAAAACAAGGGUUUCGUCAAUCCAAGAUGAAUACAAGAAGUUACAAAAUGAACUAGAACGCAAAAAUGCUGAAAAAUCUAAACUUGAAGAACAAAAAAUUCUUCGUGAGAAAAAAUUCAAUGAACAGAAGCAAGCAUUGAAAGAAAAACUUGAAAAUUAUAAUGCUCAAAUAAAUGCAAAGACUGUGGAGUCUCCAUUUGUUAAAUGGCGCUCUCUUUGCGAAAAAUGUGCAAAUUACGAUAAAGAAAUUGAAAAACUUAAGAUAGAUAUAAAGCAAAGUUCUGGUUUGGACAGAAUAUUUGCAGAUACAAUAGAUACUCUUGCAACAAAGCAAGAUGAAUUAGAAAUUUGCAGAAGAACAAUUGCUCGUGAAAAAGAAUGUUUCAAGCAGAAAGUAACCGAGCUAAUGAAUUAA